UAGACUUUUACUCAAGUAGUAUUUUACUGGCUGACUUUUACUUGAGUCAUUUUCUAUUAAGGUAUCUUUACUUUUACUCAAGAGUGACAAUUGGGUACUUUCUGCACAACUGUGUGUGUCACAGAUCAGGUGAGGCAAUCUGAUUUGUUUUCAGUGAAGGGGAAAUAUGCACUAUACAAACAAUGACAAAGUAUAGUACUACACAGAAGGUGUGGCCUAGUCACACUACAUGGAAAACAUAAACAAAUAUCUGGACCAUCAACAAUCCUUUGACAUUAGCUUUAAAAAAUCCUUAAUCUUUUGUUGUUCAAUUUCCCAUAACACUACCUCUGAGAAAGAAGGACGACAUAACACAGAUAAUGGGAAGAACAGACACUGUCAGCUGAAAUGGCGGCUCCCCAAGCUGGUCAGCCCGUGUCAGUAACAGUGGGUGUUGUAUGGAACUUCACAUUGGAUCCUCCACCACCACAACCGCCACGACUUACAGUAUGGGCCACACUUGUGUUCACUGUUAUAACCGUUGCCCGGAUCGUCAUAGGUGUCGUGUACAAAAAUGAUUGCCCCCAGCAACCGUACAUCCCCAACUACCUGCUAUGGAUGGCCAUCUUCAACCUGAUUAUGACAACAUGGAUGUCGUUCCCCUGGGAACCAGAGGGGAGGGGGCAGCAGACCCCAAAGAGCUGUAUCUGUGUCUCACUGCAGUUCUUGCUGGCUUUGUCAGUGUUCUGUUGGAUCAUUGCUGAUCAGAAUGUGUGGAUCUUCUCUAUAUACCAACCCAACUACGACCCGACCCGUUCAGACGGCCAGUACUGCAACAAGACCCUGUACACCUUUGCCUUCUGGAACGCAGUGCUUGAAACCUUGGUGUUGGGAGCGAUGCUAGCUAACUGCUGCAAAGGUCUGUUCUGUGGCAUUCUGCUAAAUGGACAACCACAGCCAGACAGAGACUUCCACAGGAACGUCUGAAGGAGGGAUGGAAUGUGUGAAGGAGUGAUGGAACGUUUGAAGGAGGGAUGGAACGUUUGAAGGAGGGAUGGAAUGUGUGAAGGAGGGAUGGAAUGUUUGAAGGAGGGAUGGAAUGUGUGAAGGAGGGAUGGAACGUCUGAAGGAGGGAUGGAACGCCUGAAGGAGGGAUGGAAUGUCUGAAGGAGGGAUAGAACGUCUGAAGGAGGGAUGGAACGUCUGAAGGAGGGAUGGAACGCCUGAAGGAGGGAUGGAACGUCUGAAGGAGGGAUGGAAUGUCUGAAGGAGGGAUAGAACGUCUGAAGGAGGGAUGGAACGUCUGAAGGAGGGAUGGGACAAGGGACGUCUAUCGUGCUCUUGUCUUCUUAGCUUCACCAUCAUUUUGUAAAACCAGUACAUUUUAUUAAUCUACGGUAUGAUUAUGGAUUAAAAAAGCAGUUUUUGUGAUACUUUUCUCUUAGCUAUGUGUGUUUUGCAUCCACACACAACACUCUGCAAUAGGAACUGUUCACAUAACACUGUUUUCCUCUUUUCCUAUUUUUUUGUGAUAAAGAAAAUAAUUCAAAAGUUGUUGCUGAUGAACAUAUAGGUUUUAAUAUACACUGAGUGUACAAAAUGUUAGGACCACCUUCAUUAGUUGCAAUCCCUUUUGCCCUCAGAACAGCACCAAUUUGUCGGGGCAUGGUCUCUACAAGUUGUCGAAAGCGUACCACAGGGAUGCUGGCCCAUGUUGACUCCAAUGCUUCCCACAGUUAUGUCAAGUUGGCUGGAUGUCAUUUGGGUGGUGGCCCAUUCUUGAUACACACAGGACUGUUGAGCGUGAAAAACCCAGCAGCAUUGCAGUUCUUGACACAACCAAACAGGUUCGCCUGGCACCUACUAUCAUACCCCAUUCAAAGGCACAUAAAUAUUUUGUCUUACCCUAACAUUCCAUCUUCAACCUGACUCCUCCCCUUCAUCUACACUGAUUGAAGUGGAUUUAAAUUGUGACCUCAAUAAUGGAUCAUAGCGUUCACCUGGAUUCACCUGGUCAAUCUCAUGGAAAGGGCAGGUGUUCCUAAUGCUUUGUACACUCAGUGUAUUUUGACAUUGGUUAAAUUGUAUUAUAUCAAGGAAUAUAUACAGGUAACUUGAGUAAAUGAGGGAUACAAAGUAUAUUGAAAGCAUGUGCAAAGUAUAUUGAAAGCUAAUUCCUGACUUAAUUGAGCAGCAAUUAACAGCCUGUCACGCUCUGACCAUAGUUCUUGUGUGUUUUGCUUGUUUUAGUGUUGGUCAGGACGUGAGCUGGGUGGGCAUUCUAUGUUGUGUGUCUAGUUUGUCUGUUUCUGUGUUCGGCCUAAUAUGGUUCUCAAUCAGAGGCAGCUGUCAAUCGUUGUCCCUGAUUGGGAAUCAUAUAUAGGUGGCUUGUUUUGUGUUGGGGAUUUGUGGGUGGUUGUUUCCUGUCUUUGUGUUUUCUAUGCACCAGUUAGGACUGUAUCGGUUUGCCACAUUUAUUAUUCUGUAUUUAAGUGUUCAUGUUUUUCGUUCGUAUUAAACAUGUUGAGCACUGGCUACGCUGCGUGUUGGUCUGAUCCCUGUUACACCUCCUCUUCUAGUGAAGAGAGGGAAGGCUGCCGUUACACUGCCCGUCAUGCUUACGGUCAUGUAUAAAAAUGCUACCAUGGCUAUGCCCCCAAAGGAUGACAAUGCCCCCAUCCACAGGACACGAUGGUCCCUGAAUGGUUUGAUGAGCAUGAAAACAAUGUAAACCAUAUGCCAUGGCUGUCUCAGUCACCAGAUCUCAACCCAGUUUGAACACUUAUGGGAGAUUCUGGAGCAGCGCCUGAGACAGCG